UCUCUUUAUCUUCCCCGCUGGUCCUCUUCUGUGUAACUGAACUAAUCUAGGGUUAGAGCGAGCACCAGCUGAAAGCAUGGCAACUCACGACCUGACCCCUAGGGUGGCGCCGAACCUGGACAGACAUCUAGUGUUCCCCCUUCUGGAGUUCCUUCAAGAGCGCCAGCUAUAUCCAGAUGAGCAGAUCCUCAAAUCGAAGAUCGAGCUUUUGAACAAGACAAACAUGGUCGACUACGCCAUGGACAUUCACAAGAGUCUCUAUCACACAGAAGAUGUUCCCCAAGAUAUGGUUGAGAGGAGGGCAGAGGUGGUUGCAAGGCUUAAGGCCUUGGAGGAGGCGGCGGCGCCUCUCGUAUCUUUUCUUCAGAACGCAAAUGCUGUUCAGGAGCUAAGGGCUGAUAAGCAGUACAAUCUUCAAAUGCUCAAGGAUCGUUACCAGAUUGGACCCGAGCAGAUAGAAGCACUAUAUCAGUAUGCCAAAUUCCAGUUUGAAUGUGGCAACUACUCAGGUGCUGCUGAUUAUCUGUAUCAGUAUAGGGCUUUGUGCACUAACAGUGAAAGAAGUCUGAGUGCAUUGUGGGGAAAGCUUGCAGCUGAGAUAUUAAUGCAAAAUUGGGACAUAGCCCUUGAGGAACUAAACCGAUUGAAGGAAAUUAUUGACUCAAAGAGUUUCUCAUCACCAUUGAAUCAUGUGCAAAGUAGAAUAUGGUUGAUGCACUGGAGUCUCUUCAUUUUUUUCAACCAUGAUAAUGGAAGAACACAAAUAAUUGAUCUGUUUAAUCAGGACAAGUAUCUAAAUGCUAUUCAAACCAGUGCACCCCAUCUUCUGCGUUACCUUGCUACAGCAUUUAUUGUCAAUAAAAGGAGGAGGCCUCAGUUCAAAGAUUUUAUUAAAGUUAUUCAGCAAGAGCAGCAUUCAUACAAAGAUCCAAUCACAGAGUUUUUAGCAUGUGUUUAUGUCAAUUAUGACUUUGAUGGGGCACAAAAGAAAAUGAGGGAGUGUGAAGAAGUCAUAUUAAAUGAUCCCUUCCUCGGCAAGCGAAUUGAAGAUGGUAACUUUUCUACUGUCCCUUUGAGGGAUGAAUUCCUCGAAAAUGCUCGGCUUUUUAUCUUUGAGACCUAUUGUCGAAUUCAUCAGCGCAUUGACAUGGGAGUCCUUGCUGAGAAGUUGAAUUUGAAUUAUGAGGAAGCUGAGAGAUGGAUUGUGAAUCUUAUCCGAGGCUCAAAACUAGAUGCCAAGAUUGAUUCAAAGACAGGAACUGUUGUCAUGGAGCCAAAUCAUCCCAAUGUGUACGAGCAAUUGAUUGACCAUACUAAGGCAAUGUCUGGGCGUACUUACAAGUUAGUCAGUCAGCUGCUAGAGCACGCACAGACACACGCACAGACACAGGCUUCUCGAUAACUUUGCCGAUGAAUUCAGGUAGGUAUUUCAUUGAAUUUUGAGUAUCUGGAGAUUGCUUUCCCUUGCCAACGAGUAUAGGUCGAAAAUUAGAUAAAUUCUACUUUUGUAAGAAUUCUCAAAUGUGAGCUAAAGCAGUCAUUAGUUUUGAAAAUUUAUUUACUUUUAUGUCAAAAGAGCUCGACAUUAGCUUUUUUGUAUUUGCAAAGUUUAGAAUCUGUCUUGUGUUUGAAUGGGUACAUGAAUACUUUUCUUUAGCCUUAUUUUGCUUCUACUUUUGUUUAUAUGUAGAUUCCAUUAAUUUGAUAAUGACCAUUUUCAGACGAUUUUAUUGGA